AUGGCUGAUUUACAAGGUCGCAAGGUCUUCAAGGUUUUCAACCAGGACUUUAUCGUGAGCGAGCAAUACAAUGUGACAAAGGAGCUAGGCCAGGGAGCCUACGGCAUCGUGUGCGCCGCAACCAACAUCCAGACCGGCGAGGGCGUCGCCGUCAAGAAGGUCACCAAUGUCUUCAGCAAGAAGAUCCUGGCCAAGCGGGCUUUGCGAGAGAUCAAGCUGCUUCAGCAUUUCCGUGGCCAUCGCAAUAUCACAUGUCUGUACGAUAUGGAUAUUCCCCGACCGGAGAACUUUAACGAAACAUAUCUCUAUGAGGAAUUGAUGGAAUGUGAUCUGGCUGCUAUCAUCCGCUCCGGCCAGCCUUUGACCGAUGCCCACUUCCAAUCCUUCAUCUACCAGAUUCUCUGUGGUCUCAAGUACAUCCACUCGGCCAACGUCCUGCACCGUGAUCUCAAACCCGGCAAUCUGCUCGUCAAUGCGGACUGUGAGCUCAAGAUCUGCGAUUUUGGCCUGGCCCGUGGUUUCUCAAUCGACCCGGAGGAGAACGCGGGAUAUAUGACCGAAUACGUUGCGACGAGAUGGUACCGUGCACCGGAGAUCAUGUUGAGCUUCCAGAGCUAUACCAAAGCGAGUAUUUGA